AUUCAAUCGUUCGUUCCUAAUAAGUUUGUGAUUGUGAUGCUAAUAAUUUAUUUUUUGGACGUUAGAAUGUGUUUGUCAAUGUCGAGUGUUUAUUGAUAAUAUACAAAAAUAUGUUAAAUGGAAGGAAUUAUUAAUUAGUCACUUAUUAUGAAAUACGAAAAUAGUCUUGUGUAGUAGAUAAUCAGUUUUAUUAUGUACGCAAAUAGUUCCAAACUGCUUCAAGAUGAUGUAGUGCUUUGCAUCUACCAUGGAAAAACAGUGAAAAACUUCAGAUAAUUCAACUACUACAAUGGAUGUGCAUCCCGAAUAUGUCGAAACAGCAAAAUCUAUCCUAUCUUUCGACAAUCGAAGUUACUUCAAAGCUGAGGAUAGUGGAUACCACACGUCGUUUACACCGGAGCAUUCAGGAUUAUCGAGUGGAUUUCUUGAUCAAUCAGUCGUAACAACAACAGGUUUUAUUGAUGAGAUACGAGUGGAUUAUGUUAGCCCGGAAACUACUUACAGGUACAACCAAUUAAAACCCCGAAAUGACAAUCCAGAAACUCCACCGCCAAGGCGGGCUGUCAAGCGACCCUAUUCGAGUGUCGAAUCUGCAAAACAGACAAUCCCAACUCCCACAACAUGGAUUGCAGGGAAAAUUCAGAGUUUAGAAGUGAGUGAAGAUAAAGAGAAUUCUACUAUAUCGUUAGCAUCAGACGGCUCUCAUAGUAGUGGAAACACAAGAUUCAUUUAUAGAUUAAACAUAUGUGAACAAAAGUUUUCAUAUCCUAUAACACCCAUCAAAAGGAACUGUAAACUAAGUCCUUGUAGAAAAUCCGGUAGAAAGCUAGACUUUGUAAUACAUUCCCUGUCAUGUGAUAAGCAAGAGCUAGAGCCAGUACCUAAAGAAGUAUCACAAACUAAAAUAGGAAAUACACAACCUAUUCUAGCCAGACCUGACCAAAAAAUAGAUAUAUUAGGAUUGUUAAACCAGAAAUGUGCCAUACCUCCAUUAAAAAAUAUUUUUAAAUACCUGAGUAAUGAUGAUAUUUGCACCUUCUGUUCUGUGAGUAGUACAUGGAAUGACAUUUGGAACUUGCACAACAGUGAUCAGAAGAAGCAAGAGAUACGUAAGCAUUUGAAAAAUGCUAAAGAAAAUCAAGAAAAUUGUGCAAAACAUGUCAUUACUAAAAACAGAGCAACUAAGGUUUUUGAUGGUUGCCUUAGACAAAUUCACAAUGAGCUCCAUGAGUAUCCUAUGAAUAGUACUCCACUCAGUCCGCAGUAUUCACCAAGAACGAAUCGGUUCAGGAAAUUCAUCAAGUCUGCAUCUCUGGAUUCUCGCUUGCAGCUCUCGUGUGUAAGGUGUUCCCAUCCAGCAAAAGUGACUGAGGAACCUACUGGUGAAGAGUGGGUCGAGUGCACAAAUACUGCUUGCUCCUACCAGUUUUGCAGAUCAUGCAACUGCUGUAGGCAUCCAGGUAAGAGCUGUAAUCAGUACGACUUAAAUGCACCGAGCCCCUCUAAAAGAAAGAAAUGUGAUUAUGCUGUUGGUACAAGAAAGAGCAGGAAGAACUUACGUAGACUUCUGUGAUCUGUUGUAAACAACUUGGUUUUAAACUAGUGUUUUUUUUUUAUAAUUAUUAUAUGUAUAUGACAUUCCAUAAUUUGAAAUUGUUAAAAAAUAGAGAAAUUAGAAUUAAUUUGAUUGAUCAAUUAAAAUUAUUUCGUACUUCUUAUACUUGAGAUUAAGGGGAUAGUACCCAUGUCUGAUUUUGUGCCAUUUUUAUCACUUUAUUGAAUUUAUUGUUCAACACAAAGUCAGUAGAAAGUCUGUUUGGCAGUUUUAAAUAAGGUUCUGUUAACUAAGGAUUUCUACGGGUUUGCUUAUUUUAUACCCACAACUUGUUUGUGGAUCAAGAUCUAAAUAAUUGCUCUUAGCAACUUAUUACAGGCAGUCUAAUGUUUUUGGAACCAAAGUCUUAUACUUCAAGUACUAUACUUUCUUAUUGUUUUCGCUAAAUACAGCAAUUAGCUCAUCAUGUAAGCAGAAAAGUGUCUAACAUGGAGUGUUCCAUAGUUCUUGGAAAAAUAUUAAUUGUAAACAAAUUAUAGCCAUUAAUAUAGUAGCUAAAUUUAAAAGUAAAUCAGAGUUUGUUGUAGAAACUGAGACUGCCUGGAGAAGUUUUCGACAGAUUUUAUUUAAGGAAUUAAGUCCACUAACACUUAAAUAAUAAUUACUCAAAAGUAAGACUGUUUUUAAAUACAUCACUACUCCUAAUUAGUUAUAAUUAUUUCUCUAACUGUAUGAAACUCUAGACAUGUACUGGAUAGUAUUUUUUACACAUAUGUGUCUUGUAAUCGAGGUGAAAUUGAAAUGUGUUAUAGAUAAAUAGUAUUUGAAUACAAUUCCCAGCUUAAGUAAAUUAAAAUUAUACAAUUUUCUCUAAAUUCGCCACACCUUCAUUGACUAAAUUCAGGAAAGGUAUUAAAAGUUCGUACCUAAUUCAUAAAAUAGACAAUAAAUACAUCAACAAUUACCUAUUUGAUGAAAAAAGAAAUUGGAGAAAGUGUUGCAUAAUUCCAAUUUUACCUGAAGUGCUAUUCUUCAAAAGACAUUUUAAAUGUUAUAAAAUGCUCCCUAGUCUUUUAAUGUAAGCAUGUCAUCCAUGUAUUAUCACAUAACAUCGAAGUUUAUGUUUACCUUGAAAUUACUAACAUGUAAUGUAUUCUUCAAAAUGGUGAAAAAAACAAAGGAUUUUGUAUGUUCACUUACCGCCUUGCCAGUGCCUUAGUAGAGUCGAAGUCUCAUUUAAGUUCUAAGUCUUACUCGAAUCAAAUGACAUUAAUUUGGUAAAAGCCAAUGUUCUACUUACUAACUCACGGGCCACUAGGCAUAGUCAGAAGGGGUUACAUUAAAUUGGAAGUCUUAAAAUUAUGUUUCUCGACACUGAAGUAAUUCACCACCUACCACCACUAUACCACCUCUGGCUGUGGCAAGUGGCUCUAAUGUUUCUUUAGUCUUUACCUUUAUGUGAACUAGUAUCGUAAUGAUGUUAUUUCUAUAGUAACAUGAACAAACUGCUUAAUUUAUAAGAUAAGUAGUUAUUAAGUGUGUGUAGCUUUUAAUUGCUUUGUAAAUAAUGUAGUGUGCUGAACAUUGAAGUACGCCUGCUGAAAGUUAAACAUUCAAAAGUCGAAUUCAAAUGUUUGUUUAUGAAAAGACCCAUCUUUUAAGUUUAGUGUAGCUGUUUAUACCUUUUCCCCACUAAGGAGCAAGGUAUAAAGGGACCAAGUGUGCACAAUUUAAUUUUAUUAUCAACAAUUCGUAAUACUCAAGAUUUAAUUUUAAAAUGUUGACGAUCUGUGUCAAUAGAUACUGAUUUUAUCGAAUUAAUAAUUUUAAAUUCAAAAAUUCAUGACAUGUAUUAGUAGUAUUCAUUUUUAUUCUGUAAAUAUUAUUACAAUUUAUGUAUUUGUUUGGUAAUAAAAACGUUUUAAACCCAAUU